GAUUUAUAUGUACUGGUGGCCGGUGCCGCGGCAGCUCAGAAAACAGAAACACCGAACACGAGAGAGAACGAAGAGGAAAGAGCAGCUCGAAAUGAAAACGGUUCUUGUGGUGCUCGUCCUGGCCGUCGUGGCCCAGGCUAAACCUGCCAGAAGUCCUUAUGGCGGAAUCUUUGAUCACCCAUUCUUCCGAAUGCCUGUGAUUCCCGCCGGCUACAGUGACGAGGUUGAUUCCGAAGAGGCAGUUUCUGCCCCCGACUACGAAGAGGUUCCUCACCCCGCAGGAACCAUUUCUCUGGGGUCGCUUAUGGACGGCAUCUUCAACAGAAUGAGGCAGCAGUUUGAACGUCUGCCGGCCCUUCACACUCCUAACUUCGAGUCGUUUGGAUUCCCUUCAUUCAAGCCUAACGAUCCUAACACAAAGUCCACAUCUACUUCCACAAUUGUUGGUGAUCAAGUUGUCACUGUGAAUGAGACUGUUUACCACAAGGAGGAUGGCGGCACCAAGUCCGUCUUCCGCAUCAAGGUGAUCGAUUUUGGGCCUAAACCUGCCAUCAAGGACCAGAAAGCAAAACCCGCCGCCACUCCCGAGUCGACUGAAAGUUCCGUCGAAGAAGUGGUCGAGAUCGACCUGCCCGCCGAAAAGACGCCCGAACAGGUGCAAGAAUCGACCGAGAAGGAGUUCCCUGAGCCCACCGUAGAGGCCAACCCUGAGUCCACCACGUCCGAAGAGGAGCAGGUCAGCAACGAGAUGGACAACGAGAUCAAGGGACAAGAAUCGCUGAUGGACACGCUCAAGAGAUGGAACAAAAAAGAGAAUGACCUUCGAAGCGCACCCGACGAUGAAGUGGAGGUCAUCGUGCCCGCUGCCGAUACACCCAUCGACCUUGCCGGCGACCUGAGGGUCAACCAAAUUUUGCAGGAUCAAGCAAUGAAGGGAGGGCUUUUCAUGCCAGACCCUGACGUAGAAUUCAUCGAGGUUGACGAUGAGGGCAAAUUGGUUCCUGAUAAUUUGCAAGAAAUUUAAACGAGAUUUGCACUUUUUGGCUCUCUUGCUCAAUAAGUACAAAGGUAUAUAUUUUAAUUUAUGAAGAAGAUUCCGUUUUUAAAGUAAUUCUUUGUACCCGCUAAACAGAGCUGCAGUGACAAAGUAUUAAAAUGUAAAAUGUGCAAUAAUGGAGGGCGAGCAAUUUCUAAUAAUAAUGAGCUAUAUAAAGUGUAUUUGUAAAACCAAAGUCAACUCGAAUAAAAUAGCUGUGUGAUAUUUUGUAAGUUACAAAUUU